UCAUUACGUCAUCUAAACCUGCAAGUAAGAAGGGGCAGCGCCUGCUAAAACCUGAAGGCAGCCCAACGACGCCCAGUCACUGAACUGUACCAGGGACACCUCGGAACAGGCUGGAAUUUUGGAAACAAAACACCAAUAGAACAUAACGACCCAGCCAACCGGUUACAGCUUUCACAGCUGUCUUGCUAGGACAGGCAGCGUACUUCGGAAAACCCUGACACUUGUGCAACCGCUUACCGCACGGUAUUCCAGACAACCCCCUUCCUCAGGAAAGAAAACAUCUUACAUUCACCGAGAGGCAGCUUCCGUAACACACACCUUCAACUGAAAUAACCAUGGGGUCCAGAGCUUCAACUUUACUGAGAGAAGAAGAGAUUGAAGAAAUCAAAAAGGAAACCGGCUUCUCACACAGUCAGAUCACCCGACUCUACAGCCGUUUCACAAGCCUGGAUAAGGGGGAGAACGGCACGCUCAGUCGAGAGGAUUUCCAGAGGAUCCCAGAGUUGGCCAUUAAUCCUCUGGGUGACAGGAUCAUCAAUGCCUUCUUUCCAGAGGGGGAGGACCAGGUGAACUUCCGGGGGUUCAUGCGGACGUUGGCGCACUUCCGGCCCGUGGAGGACAACGAGAAGAACAAGGACCACGCCGCCAGCGAACCUCUGAACAGCCGAACCAACAAGCUGCUGUUUGCUUUCCGGCUGUAUGACCUGGACAGGGAUGAUAAAAUCUCUCGGGACGAGCUGCUGCAGGUCCUCAGAAUGAUGGUGGGUGUGAACAUCUCGGACGAGCAGCUGGGCAGCAUCGCUGACCGGACCAUCCAAGAGGCUGACCAGAACGGGGACAACUCCAUCUCCUUCAACGAAUUCAUAAAGGUGCUGGAGAAAGUGGACGUGGAGCAGAAGAUGAGCAUUCGCUUCUUGCAUUAGAGAGACGCACUGCCUGAUGGGACACUCCCGAGCGGAGGAGAGGCCCCGUCUCCCGCUGGAACAAGAUCAGCUGCCCACCCCACAUCCCCCCCGCCCUUUUUUUUUCCCCCCACUCACGGGGGUUGGGGGAACAAGCUUUACCACACAUGCUUUCUGACCAAGAAAAUGGUAGAUAAUGUUGGGUCUCUUUUUGUUAGUGUUUUUAAUAACUGACUUUCUGCCCUGCACUGUGGUGCAAAACAAAGGGAAUAAUUGCGUGCCUUGGAGUGUUUUGUGUCGUCACAUUGGUGGUCCCUAGAAGAGGAAACUUGCAGAUAUUCCAGAAGGUUCCAUUCUGGGUGAAUGCAGUUUUUUUUGUGGUCAGCAGAUAUGGUCACAUCUAGAUGGAGGGCUAAGAUGGUAUCGUUCAUCUAAAAUCUUAGACUUGUGGGAUGUAGGUAACAUAUGAGCAAAACAAGACAAUGGAAAAAUGUCCACCUGUCUCACUUUUAAGUGUCUGUUCUCUUUAAAAAAAAACCAGCUGUAUUUCUGUGAUUCUCUAAAUUUUAAAAUAUACACCUGUCACAAAAGUUGGUUAUUUCAGGUUUAAAAGAAAAAAAAAAAAAGUCAGUUUAAUUUCCUUAGAAUUAUAAAUGCGAAAUGUUUUUCAUUGAGUUGGCUGGCCUGCUAGUUGAUCGCUACAGUAUAUGAAACAACUGGCUUUAAAACUGUGGCUAAGAAAGCUAUACAUUUUACAAUGGGCUGUAGUUAGAACGAUACAAAAAAACCCCACAUUCCUGUUUGAAUAUGUAUGAGGGCAGAUUACUCAGGAACCCCCACAGGUUUUUUGAUUUGCACAAGAGAUCAUCAAACUCUUUGUAAAUGAUGUACGCUUUGGGGUUGGGGGAAUCAUAGUAUAUUCUCAGAAAGGAAAGGGGUGUGUAUGUAUGUGUGUGUGUGUGAAAGGGCUGGGGCAAACCCUCUCUCAGUUCCCCCAGUUUCAAGAAUCUCAAUGUUAAACAACAACAAAGCUUUCAGUAACUUUGUUUUGGUUUCCUGGUUUUGCGCUACCUCCUGUUAUUCGGGAAAUUACACUGAAAUAAUGGGCACAAUGAAAUCAUGCUGGCAGAAAGUUUAUUUAAGUUUGUAAGCUAAACAAAACAAAACGUAUCAGUCCCUGAUUGAAAGGAAUCGCGGUUGCUGUUCGGAUCAGUAGUCAUUUUAGUAUUAUUUAAAUUGUAAUUGCAAAAGUUAAAAUGGGCUGUUGGGCUUUUGCCGACUGGGAAGUUCUCCACACCCCUGUGGCUCUAGCAAAGGACAUGGCGAGAACAAAAACAAGGAAAUUAAAACAAGGAAACUUUACAAGAGCUGUUCCGGCAUUGCACCAUGAUGACUCGUCACUUGUUACAUUAUUGCGGGCUGUUGACUUCUUCCGGCAUCUGGCCGUAGAUUUGCUGCUACCAUGGGGAGUUCAGUGGCCAUUUUCAUUUGUCGUGCUGACGAUCCUCGCUCUUCUGACUUCGAGCAGGCUCAUGUUUCCUGGGUUCUGUCGGUGCUGGGCUUCCUAUUUAAUCUGCUUCUGUUCCAUCGUUUUAGUGCGUCACAAGUCGUUUAUUUCAGAGCGGUCUCUGUUGCCGGGAGCUGUAAUCGUUUUUAAAACCCGCUCCAAUCCGUCAUCACAUUCCGAACUCAAAAUGUAUUAUUACUCACCUGUUCCGGCGUCUGUUUGUGGACGAAACUGUCCCUUUUCCUGGCUAUUCGCAGGCGUGCCGUGUUUCUUUACCACGGCUCAUUAGUACGAGGACACCGAUCGCCCGCCUUGAUUGGUGAACUUGCAGGUUAACGGGAUGCCAGUCGAGUCGAAAUUAACACCCCGUUUUUUUUCUUUCUGAGGGCAGCAGCAGGCGUGGUAGCACUGACUUCCAGGAUCAUGUGACGUUCUCAGCCUCUGGGCCUGUGGCCAUUUGCUGGAUAGACACCGCGUUCUGGCCAACAAACGUUAUCGCCCAGUCUAGCAUGCAGGACCGAUUUCUCCCCAGUUGUGAUCAAUCAUGGUACAAUGCAUUGUAAUUAAGAGCGAACGCUAUGUCAAUGUUAAGAAUAUAUACAUUUAGUUUUUAUUAUUAUAUCAUCAGCUUAUUUAGUCAUAGGUACUUUUAACAUGGGUAUAACUGGGGUUUAGUUUCUUUGUGUGUAUAUAGCUGUGUAAGCCACUGGGAAAAUAAAAAUAUAAGACAAAGAGUUACGAGGCUUUAAAAAAAAUGUGUUUGUCUCCAUUGUUGAUGACCGAUGUUUUAAGAACGACCAGCUGCACUGCACCAAUAGUGUUGAGUAUUGUGAUUAUUUUUAUCAAUCAAAAUGUGAUCAGUACAGAAAAUGUGGAUACAAAUCUCUAUUCUGUGAAAUGUUAUGAAAAACCUUGCUUAUGCACAUAGAUAUAAUUGAACUAAAAUAAAGUGCCAUGUAAACUC